GCCGCGGUUCCGUGCCCGCGGCGCAGACGAACGGCAUGCUGCGGUGGCACGCCGGCGCCACCAGCUCCGUCGCUUCCGCCCCGCCCACGCCCGCGCUGUCGCACCAGCUCGCGCCCCGGCCUUAGUAGCCAUGUUCCCGUUUCCGUUCCCGGAACCGGAACGUUCCCGGAACGAGGAACAGCGCUUAUGAAGGUUUUUUACACUAAAUUGUUCCCGGAACGUUCCCGUUUCCGUUCCGAAACGAGGAACAUGGAACGAGGAACGUGGCCACGUUCCACGUUCCCGGCUUCUAUGGCCCCGGCUGGCCGCGCGAAGAAGCCAGCGGACGGCGAAGACGACCGAGCCGGAGGUAGCUUGUUGCUCUCCAAAAGCGUCCUGCUGCGGUCCGGCGUCGCGCUCUUCGCCCUCGGCUUCGUCGAUGCCGGGUACAGCGGCGACUGGUCUCGCAUCGGCGCCAUCUCCAAGGACACCGAGGAGCUGCUCAGGCGGGGCGCCUACGUCGUCGUGCCGCUCUCUCUGGCCCUCAUAUUUUCGUUGUCCCAAGACAGCAACAAGUAAAACCUUAGGAUUUGUUAAGUGGGAACCUGCACACUGAUAAUAGUAUCGUGUUUCGUGCUGUUAAUCGUUGGUCUUUAUCGACGAGCUGGAGUAAAAUCGGAACGUGCUUCGUUCUGUGAUUCUCAGUUUUCUGAGGAAUAAAGAGAAAACGUGCGAGUUCAAGUAAAUUCAUGCUGCAAUGUGUAGUUACAGUAGAGGAUCCGGGAGAAUAUCAGUUUCCUGAGUAUCAAAUGCCUCAGAUUGUCACUCACUCACUCA